UGCGGCCGGGGAACGAAACGCCGCUUUUUGCUGCCCGUUCCCUCCGCGCCUCCCGCUCGGCCCCGGGCAGGGCCCCUCGCUGCGCUACCAGCACCGCUCGGCAGCUCCGAGCCAAGGGAGAAUGCACCCGCUGAUCCGUAGCUGACGUGCCACUUCCUGGGACGCUGACUCUGGGCCCGCUGUGCUGCUUGCAGGGGUGCAGCCCCUUUCCUUCCCACCAUGGCUCUGUCCUGGGCGUUGAGGCUACCGCACUGGCGCCUUUGCCCUUCGGGUGCUCACUUGAGCAGCCUGCCCGGUCAGGACCACAGCCUGCUGACAGAGAAGAAGACAGCAGCAAAGUGGAAGGAGAAGAAAAAGGCCCGGCAGGGCUGCAGCCUGCCAGGUUCCUCCUGGGAGGAGAGGUUAGCGAACGCGGUGACUCCACUGUGGAGACUUCCCUAUCAAGAGCAGCUGCAGGUGAAGUAUCAAAGCCAGAGGAAGAUUUUGCAGACACUGGCAUCUCGUCUUGAGAAGCUGGGCAUAGAUGCACAGAAACCUGAUGGACUCUGCUGUCCUCUCCAGCCUGUAGUCCCUUCACCCAUCAUUAAUGGCUACCGAAACAAAUCUACUUUCUCUGUGAACCGAGGACCGGAUGGGAACCCCAAAACCGUGGGGUUGUAUGUGGGAACUGGCAGAGCAAGAAAUAUUGUCUGUGUGAAAGCCAACCACAUGGAGAACAUACCCCCAGAACACAAACAAGUAGCUGAGUGCUAUGAGGAGUUCAUCCGUCACUCCUCCCUGGACCCCUGCAUCCUCUUCCAUGAAGGUGGGCACUGGCGGGAGCUCGUGGUACGGACCACCAGGCAUGGUCACACCAUGGCUAUCAUCACCUUCCACCCCCAGGAGCUGGGCCAGGAGGCACUGGCUACUCAGAAAGCAUUGCUUAAGGAGUUCUUCAUGUGUGGACCUGGAACGAUCUGUGCCUUGACUUCACUAUAUUUCCAAGAGAGCACCAGGACACGCUGCUCCCAUGAGGAGUCCCCCUUCCAGCUCCUUCACGGAGAGCCACACAUCUUUGAAGAAGUGCUAGGCCUGAAGUUUCGCAUCUCUCCAGAUGCCUUUUUCCAAGUAAACACGGGUGCAGCAGAAGUUCUGUACCAGGUGGUCGGAGAGCUGAGUCAGGCUGGUGGCGACACCAUCCUGCUCGACAUCUGCUGUGGAACAGGCACAAUUGGUCUCUCUCUGGCUCACCAAGUGUCCAAGAUUAUUGGUAUUGAGGUGGUGGUGAAGGCAAUAGAGGAUGCCAGGUGGAAUGCAGCAUUCAAUGGAAUUUCAAACUGUGAGUUUCACAGUGGAAAGGCAGAGACCGUGUUACCACAACUCCUGUCAUCGUGGGAGGAUGCCCAACCCCUUGUUGCUGUGGUGAACCCAUCUCGGGCUGGGCUCCGUGAGAGAAUAUGCUGUUUAUUUUCAUCUUGAAAACAGAGUAUUUUGAACAACUUCGGGGAGACCUGUUGUACUGGCUCCAAACCCUCUGCUUGCUUAGCUUUCUAGUUUCUUGCCUUGUUGCUGACAGCAGUUAAAAUCCCACAGAGCUGUUGUUUUCAGUGCCUUUAUCAUGCUUCCUCUUUAAAGCAGACAGCUCUAAUCUUUUUUCCAUCUUUCAUAGGCUCACAGAAUUAUUUAGGAGAGAAGGAGCCUCUGGAGGUCUGUGGUGCAAUCUCCCAAAUAAAGCAAGGCCAGCUUCAGAGUUGUAUAGGGUUGCACAGGGCUAUAAAGCCCAGUUGAGGUUUGAAUGUGUCCAAGGGUAGAUACCCUUUCCUGAAAAUGUUUUACCUAGUAUAUUUAAUCAGAAUUUCCCCUUGCUGCAGCGCAUCUGUUGCCUCUCAUCCUCUUCUUGUACCCCUCUGAGGAGAUUGUGGCUCCAUCUUCUCUGUAAUCCCCCCAUGAGGCCCGUGAAGAUAGCAAAUGGAUCCCUGCUCACCUUCUCUUCCCCAGGCUGAAUAACUGCAGCCCUCACACUCUCCUUGUGCGUGCCGUGCCCCAGCCCUCUAACUGUCUUAGUGGUCUCCACUGGACUUGCUCCAGUGUGUAUUGGGAAGUCCUAAACCAGUCCUGGUGCCCAGAUGCAGUCUCACAAGUGUGUGUGGAAGGUUUUAUGUGCCUCUGUGUCCAAUUUUUCUCUCAUCCUUCAUCCCUCUGCUUCCCAGAGGGAUUUCUCCCACUGCUCUACCCUGCCAAAACAGCUGAGCUGUUAGCAGCAUGGGUUGCAUCCCUGGCCUUCUAAAAGCCUGCAUCUGUGACACGACAUGGAAAAAUAUGUAUAUUCUUUUUUCCCUGUAUUUUUGACAGUGCACUGCAGUUCUGUGAUGCUUGCUGUGCGAUCGUUCCUUCUGGAGAGCUC